AUGCGGCAAAAAGUGACGGUGUUGCUGCACAAGCCGAUGCACUACCUUGCCUGCCAAGCCGACAGCCAGCAGUGGAAUCCCACUGGACGCUGCCAAGGCGUUGACGUGCAGAGCUGCAAGAAACUCGUCGUUGCAGGAAGACUGGAUGCCGACAGCUCCGGGCUGCAAGUGCUUACGCAGGAUGGGCGUAUCGCUGCUCAGUUGCUUGGAGGAGCUGGGGAAAGCGUCUCUAAGGAGUAUCUGGUUCAGGUCGAUAUCCCUCCUUCGGAUGCAGCUCUUACCCUCCUACAGUCAGGACUUAGCCUGGACGGCUGCGAGCUGCUUCCUGCAGUGGUGAGGCUCGUGCAUCCGCAAGUGGCCAAGCGGCUGCUCAACGACUGUCCUCCUGCUGCGCAUCCUGCGGAGGCUGCGCAUUUAGACGCGGCUGUCUGCCAGCAGCACGCACCUCGACGCAGCGUGUUCUUCACCAUCGAGCUCCGCGAAGGCAGAAACAGACAAAUUAGAAGAAUGUGCGAGCUUGUUGGUCUUCGAGUCCUCCGAAUCCACAGAAUCAGAAUCGGAAACGUACAUCUGGGGCAAUUACCCCUCGGCCACUGGCGGUUCCUCCAACCAGGAGAAACCUUUUAG